AUGGCGCGCAUUAUCGACGACCUCCUAGCUCUUAUGGCAGCGACACCACUCCCAGCCAUCGAAGAAGGGGAACUCGAUACCCCAAACGACACCGCGCCUUAUGUUCGCCCAAAAACCCGUUCGCAAACCCGCGCCGCCCGACCAUCGCUGAAGAUCCGCCUCCCUGUCCCCGCGGCCCAUGUUGUCAAAAAUUCCCAUAGCAAAAAGCGUAAACCCAACUUCACCAUCUUCACCGACGAUGAUACAACAAGCGACGUCUCGUCAGCCAUAUCCACCCCCAAGAGAUCAAGAACAAAUACACCGCGUACUCCCCUGAGCGAGCGAACCUACUCCACAAACUCCACGCCCGCACCAUCCCCCCGCCACUCUUCAACCCCCUUCUCGCUCUCCCCUUUGGACCCCUACUGGGAGAACCUCGAAAACUACGCUCCAUUCACCGUACCCGCUACUCCUCCCACAACACCACCUACCGUCUCCCCUCCAUCCCCUCAGCUCUCUUCAGCCCACCCCGUCAACUCCCGUCCUUCCCGUCCUUUCACGCCAUCCCACCCUCCUCCCGCCUCCCCACAAUCCCGCCUCCCCCCACCACCACCCAACACCCUCCUCUACACCCUCCUCGGCCUCACCUCCUGGCGCGCCACCCCCUUCACAAUCAAAAAAUCCUACCGCCGAAUGGCGCGUACACUGCACCCCGACAAGGCGUCGUCAGAGGAAGAAAGGGUGAAAGCGAAUGCGGCAAUGCAGCGACUCAAUGCUGCGAGGGAUGUGUUGGUGGAUGCGGAGAAGAGGAAGGAGUAUCAUAGGACGGGGGUUGUGGAUUGGGUUGGUUGA